UUGGAGGAAGAGGAGAAUCGAGCAGUCUCCAGCAUCCACCUCUAGAGUCAGAGUGAAUUUUCCAAAGAGGAACCUCCUUUCUUCAGUAACAAACCAGGACCCUCAGACACAAACCAUGGGAGGAUACUUCAGCUCUUCUGCCCCUCCACCCCCUCCACCCCCUCCACCCUCUCCUCUUUUCAGUGAACCUUGGAGGACAAUAAACUGGGAAGACAAACAGAGGGAUCUGCAGUAUGUGAAGGACUACAGACCUCAGACUGACGGCCAGCAGCUCAGGAUUCUUCUUCAUGGUCUAGUUGGAGCUGGAAAGUCCAGUUUCAUCAACUCUGUCCUAAGUGUCGUAGAAGGCAGAAUGUCCAGAAAGGCUGGGGUGGCUAACUCUGGUGAAACUCAAACCAAAAAGUACAAAACCUACAGGAUCCAAAAGGAUGGACAGGACACCUUUUGCUCUUUGGUUCUCAGUGACACCAUGGGGCUGGAAUGCAACAGCAACAGACGCAUAAAAGUCUAUGUGAAAGAUAUCAAACGGGCGAUGAAGGGACGUGUGAGAGACGGUUACACGUUCAAUCCUGAAUCUAAGAUAUCAAAGGAGGAUCGUUACUACAACCUAGCCCCAACUGCCAACGACAAAGUGCACGUUCUGGUUUGUGUCGUUGAUGCCAGCACACUAUCUCAGAUGAGUCCUAAAGCUAUAGAGACACUGCAGGACAUCAGAGAGGAGGCCUCUGACCUGGAUAUUCCUCAAGUCGCCAUUCUCACCAAAAUUGACAUGAUCUGUCCGGAGAUUAAAAAGGAUUUAAGGAAUGUCUACAGGAGCAAGAUACUAAAGAAAAAGAUGGAGAAGUUCAGUGCAGAGGUGGGUAUUCCCAUGAACUGCAUCUUCCCUGUGAAGAACUACCAUGAAGAAAACAACUUCAACAGUGACAUUGACUCACUGAUCCUGAGCGCCCUGAAAGACAUCAUCGACAACUUGGGUCAGUCUGAAUGUUGAGAGAUAUUUUUAAACACAGCAUAAGAACGCUGUAUUGCAUUAUGUCAAAAUAACAAUCUGUGACAUUAAUUCAUCAUUCAUUACUUUUUCCUGAUGGCACCAUGUUUAUAUGUGUUUUACUUUAAAGCCCCUGUGACUCCUGCCUUUAUUAGAUGAUGGCUGAAAAUACAUAUUUCUCAUUAAACUGUCCCCAGGUAAUGACAUUGAUUCCAAAGAAGAACCUCCAGACUUCAGUAUUAAACGUACACCCCCAUACGCAAAAUAAGAAUAUUCUGUUGUUGUUUCAAGAGUCAUAGGUAUACUGGUUGAUGGUACAGCUUUAAUGCACAAUAAAAUGCUGUUGUAGCCUCCCCCACAUUACACUGAACACAUAUUAAAAUAUUUAAAUAGAGUAGGAUA